ACAAACCGCACAGCAGCGGGAGACCGACAAAGACACAUGUUGCUGACCGUGGGAGGGCCUCUGGUCUCCGCGUACGCUACACUGCACCCGUUGCUGCUUAGCGCAGGCACCCUGAACCCCCCUGGGCAGCACACCGGUACCACCAGCAUCACCGCCACUGGCGAUUGCACCCGACGGCAACAAACGCGCCCGAACUCAGCAUCCUCGGGGCCUCGACUGCUGCAUCCCAGGGGUAGCGGUCCCGAUGGUGUACCGUCUUCUCUCUUCACGUUCCAGCCCAGGACGACGCCGAAGAAAUACCCACAGGAGAAGAAGAGAGCUGGCGGAGACUCUGCCUCGACCUCCUCUGCUCCUGUUGCUGGAGAGGAAAAUGUGCUGCGUGCUGGCUUGAUGGACGAAUCGGACCUUCCGGACGUGUCAGCUCUCCUUGUAGAGGUGUUCGAGCCAGGAGUCGUCCUCGCCGACGGCGAGUUCACCGGACUAGAGAGCGUCAUUCUUGGGGCACCGAUUGACAUGACGAACAACUACAUGAAAGCAGUGGCUUACAACGAGAUACUGUACUCGUUGAGGUCGCGAUGUGGGAACCGCCUGACGCGCGGGGACUUCGACCGCAGCAGCGAUGCCCUCGUCCUAGCCGUGCGGGGCCCACCCAGUACCAGCGGGAAGUCAUCAUCGACGCCCGUCACGCAGGACGGCGACGCCGAUGGUGGAGUUGGUGGUGGCGGUGGCGCCGCAGAACUGGUGGCGGUGGUAGAACUGACGAUACGGAAGCCGGACGGUUCGCUACCGUUGAACUGGCCCUUCCCUGCACCUUGGCGAAGAGAGGCACGGGAUCUCAUCGUGCCAUUGCUCUAUAUAGAGAAGCCACCUGAGCAAUGGCAGCCGUACAUGUGCAACCUAGCUGUUGCGGAGGAGUACCGAGGAAACGGGUACGGAAAGCAGCUGGUGCGGCUCUGCGAGCACGUGGCGAAAAACAGUUGGGGGUAUGAACGCAUGUACCUCCAUGUGGAUCUGGGCGAUCCCGCUGCGACCGGGCUCUACUCGUCGAUGGGGUAUGAGGGCAUAGAGAAGUACGACGCGCCCCUGUGGAUGAGGAAGCUCUUCGGUUGGCCGACCAUUCGGUAUCAGGUUAAGCGAUUCAAGGGGAGGAAGGGCGCGCCGGCGUUGGCGGCAGCGGAAGCUGUUGGCCGGGACGGCCAAGCUUGA